AUGUCGACUUCUAUUGUUCGUACUCUUAAAAAUAUAUACUCCUCGGGACUUAAGAGGGCUGCUUGGCAAGUCCACAAUCUCAAUGAUACCAAGAGAGGUUGGUUAGUCGGUGAAGAUGACUUUGGUAACAAAUAUUACGAAACCGAUGUCCCAGAAGAAAUUCAUUUGAGGUCUAGAUGGGUUGAGUACUCUGAUUGGAAUAUGAGUGUUGAUAUGUCAAAGGUUGAACCAGGAUGGCAUUACUGGUUGGGUUAUGGUACCAACACACCACCAAACAAGUUACCAGCUGAUCAAAAGACCGUCAGAGCUUACCCAUUACCAGAUUUACAUAAAAAGAACUUCACCGGUUCACCUGGUGCUUUUGUUACUUACAACACCGCUAAACCAAAGCAUACUGCCUGGACUCCAGAAGUUAAAGAACGUGUCGAAGCGUAA